AGCCCCACCUACAGGCCGCCCAGUGACAAUAACUGUGGGUGCCCUAUGGAGAUUUCAGUUGGACUCUCCACCACCCGGACCCCCCAAAAUAACAGUUUCGGCCACAUUAGUACAGACUGCUCUCAUCCUGGCGCGAGUCACCUUUGGUGUCGUUUAUUUCAACGACUGCCCUCAACAGCCAAAUAUCCCCAACUACCUGUUAGGUCUGGCUUUGCUGACCCUGCUAAUGGUGCCGUUUGUGUCUUUCCCCUGUGAAAGCAAUGGCACUCGGUCACAGCAACACCCCAAAGGUUUCAGAGCCUGUCUGAUGUGUUUAAUAUGUGUAUUUAUCCACAUAUGGAUCCUGGCAGGUGAUGUGUGGGUCUUCUCAGUCUAUCAGCCCAACUAUGAUCCCACAGCAGCUGAUGGGCUUUACUGUGAUAAGACCCUGUACACGUUUGCUUUCUGGAAUGCAGUGUGGGAGACUUUUGCGAUUUGCGUCUGCCUGGCCAAACUCUGCAAAGGGCUGCUGUGUUGUGUGCUGUUGAGUCCUGCACAGGCAAACAGAGACUUUUACAGGAAUGUUUGAGGCAUGAGUGCAUCACAGGUCGACACUGACUAGCAGUGAUUUUAUCAUCAUUUCUAUACAUCUUCAGCUUCUACAGCUUCUCAUGAGUCAGAUUCAGAUUUGUGCGUGUGUGUGCGUGCGUGCAUGUGUGUGUGUGUUUAACUAACCAUCUUUUACACUAUCAGUUAAUUUGCCAAUUGCUUGACUCAAUCAUUAGGCACUAAUUGUUGCAGUAAAACUUUAUGUUUAUUUAUGAUUAUGUGGUAUAUGUUUUUACUGGAAUUUUUCUUCUUUUUUUUUAUUUUAAAUAAAGUUUCCGUGUAAAAUGUGACAACAUCGUGAACAGAACUUAGUUUUGUUGCCAUGGUUGGAUUAACAACAUAUGACGUCAUUCAGCAGCCCACCAAUGAGGUUUAGACGAGGUGUUCUGGUUGAAGUCCUUUUUCUUGUUCGUUACCGUUAGGUCCACGUCCCCUUUUUCUCGCGAGAGACAUGUGGCAAAAAGUUAGGUCCCAUCUGGUCGUGACAAUCCCGUCCCACAGCGGUCGAUGACGCUCAAUUCGGCCAGCCAAUAACAUUAAGGUAAAUAGUGCGCGUGCAGCUGUCAUGAACCCCCGCCGCCUCUGCUGCUGUCGGCAGACCCGCUAGGCUCAAUUAACAAUUGUUUUAAUCCAAGCUGUAAAGGGCGACAUAGUUCACAACUGCCCGCCAGAAAAGAGCGAACAGGCUUCUCCUACAAUGACAGACACGGUUAAAGAGCUCGUUUCAAAGUGCCUGCAGGCCCGGGACAUGGCAUACUGUCCAUACAGCCGGUUCCCUGUCGGUGCUGCCAUAAUGACAGCAGAUGGCGCUAUAAUUACAGGCUGUAAUGUGGAGAACGCCUCCUAUGGUCUGACAGUGUGUGCUGAGCGGACAGCCAUCCAGAGGGCCGUGGUGGAAGGACACAGGCAGUUCACCGCCAUUGCCGUGACGUGUGAUAUCAAAGAGCGCUUCGUCGGGCCGUGUGGAGCAUGUCGACAGGUUCUUAUGGAGUUUGGGUCAGACUGGACUGUAUACUUGACCAAGCCGGAUGGAUCUUACAAAGAAACCAGCCUCGCUGAACUGUUGCCUCUGGCCUUUUCCUCAGCUCACCUCGAAAAGAACUGAUGAAGCCUCAGCAGCAUCUUUAGACAUCACCGCUUACUGCUUUAGUACUGUUUAGCUACAAUGUAUCUGGCAACACUGCUAAAAAGGUAAACAAUAAAGCACAUUUUACCCUAAAAA